CAAGUCAUACCCUAAGAGCAGCCUGGAGCCUCCGGAGGUCCUUUUGCCUGCCUGUCCCCAUGCCUCUCCUCCUCUUGCUGCUCCUGCUGCCAAGCCUUCUCUACUGCCACCCCCUGUGUGAUGUCGGCAAAGUGACCAGUCAGUUGGAGGUGAACUGUGACAACAGGAAGCUGAAAGCCCUGCCAGCCGACCUGCCAGCAGACACGGGCAUCCUCUACCUGGGCAAAAACCACCUGGACACCUUCGCCUCGGCAGCCGUGGUGCAUUUCACUCAGCUCACUCAGCUGUACCUGGACCACAGCGAGCUGUCAACCCUGCAGAUGGAUGGGACACUGCCACUGCUAGAGACCCUGGAUGUCUCUCACAAUAAGCUAAAAAGCCUGCCCUCCCUGGGGCAAGCAGUGCCUGCACUCGCCACCUUAGAUGCCUCCUUCAACCAGCUGAAUUCCUUGUCCCCCGAGGUCCUGGAGGGACUUAGCCAUCUCCAUGAGCUCUACCUGCAAAACAACAACCUACAGGUUCUGCCCCCAGGACUCCUGCUAGCCACACCCAGGCUGAGGAAGCUCAAUCUGUCCAACAACAAACUGGGUGAGCUGCCCCCCGGGCUUCUGGAGGGGUUGGGGGAGCUUGACAGCCUCUAUCUCCAGGGGAACUGGCUUCGCACUGUCCCCAAGGGCUUCUUCGGGGACCUCCUCCUGCCCUUUGCUUUUCUCCAUAGCAACUCCUGGUUCUGUGACUGUGAUAUCCUCUAUUUCCGACGCUGGCUGCAGGACAAUGCCAACAACGUCUACUUAUGGAAGGAGGGUGUGGAUGUCAAGGGCAUGACCCCCAAUGUGGCGAGUGUGCGAUGUGCCAAUUUGGGCAGCACACCUGUCUAUAUCUAUCCGGGGAAGGACUGCCCUGUGCCCGGUGACGGGGAUAGCGCAACCUACGAUGACUAUGAGGACGUCUCUAGGAGCGACCCCAUCCAUGCCACCAGGACUGUGGUCAAGUUCUCUACCUACACCAAGGCCCACAUAACCCGCUGGGGCCUCUACUCAGAGUCCACUGCUGCUCCAGACAGAAAAAUGUUCUCUUUGCCUUCAACCCAAGGAUUCACUGAGACACAGAACACAUUCCUAGCCAGCCCGACCUCACACUCCUCUGCCUUCCCAGUGGCCAUAGGACCUACUGCCUUCUCCAAAAGUCUAGAGCUUACCACGGAAACCCCCACCCCCCCACAGCCCAUCACCACCCCAAAACCAACCAUCACCCCGACCACCCCGGAACCCACCACCACCCCACAGCCCACCACCACCCCUAAGCCAACCACCACCCCGACCACCCCGGAACCCACCACCACCCCACAGCCCACCACCACCCCUAAGCCAACCACCACCCCGACCACCCCGGAACCCACCACCACCCCACAGCCCACCACCACCCCAAAGCCAACCACCACCCCGACCACCCCGGAACCCACCACCACCCCACAGCCCACCACCACCCCAAAACCAACCACCACCCCACAGCCCACCACCACCCCAAAACCAACCACCACCCCGACCACCCCAAAACCAACAACCAUCCCGACCACCACCUUGACCACCCCAGAAACCACCCCAACCACCCCAACCACUCUGGAACCCACCACCACCCCAAUAACCCCAGAACCCACCUCAAUCCCAACUACCCCAGAGUCCACUAAAACUUUGAUCAUUCCAAAACAAUCCUUUCCCACCGAACUUACUUCAUUCACUAAUGCCUUAGAACCCAUCCACACAAUCCACCUUCCAGAGCCUCGCUGGGUGGCUCGAGGGAAUUCCCACAGCUCUAGGAAGGACCCUUUCCUCUCCCCUGAUGCCUGCUGCCUGCUCUCCCUGGGCUUCUAUGUCUUGGGUCUCUUCUGGCUCUCGUUUGCCUCUGUGGUCCUCAUCUGCCUGCUGACCUGGGUCUGGCACGUGAGCCCACACGUGCUGGAUCCUGCUGUGGCCCCAGCCACACAGACCACACAGGUGGAAGUGCAGAGGGGCAGGCUGGUGACUGUGCCCAGGGCCUGGCUGCUCUUCCUUCAAGGGGUGCUCCCAACUUUCCGUUCCAGCCUCUUCCUGUGGGUACGGCCGAAUGGCCGGAUAGGGCCUCUAGUAGCAGGACGGCGGCCCUCAGCCCUGAGUCAGGGUCGUGGGGAGGACCUGCUGGGCAGAGUGGGCAUUAGGUAUUCUGGUCAUAGUCUUUGAAGGCCAGGCUUUGGAGGACCUUGGGAAAGCCUCUGAUGGGCUCUCAUAUUGGUAUCUUGCUAAGGGGCGGGUGGCUAAGGCACACAGGGUCAUAGGGAGGUCUUAAUUAUUGCUAUUUUUCAAAUGCAAAGCCCACUCUUCACAACCAGACAUAUGAAUCCAGACUCCAUAAAUCAGGAGGGUUAGUGUGACAAUGGAAUUGGCAGAACCACAGAGCCAAGAGCCCUUUGUUGCAUGGGAGUGAAGGGAAGGUUACCAGGCUACAUGGCUACUGCCAGCACUUUGGGAAAGAAUUGAAGAGCAAAUACAGCACAUGCAUCCAUAUAUAGAAGAAAAUCUGGAAAGUGAUUUAUAGAGGUGAUCACUGAUUAUUUCCUAGUGUCUUAAACAUGUUUCUUUCCCUCCCUCUUUGCUUAGCAUUUUCUAGUUUCCAGAAUCAUUGUAUACUAUUUAUAUAAUAAAAAUAAGUUAUAAAACUUUCUUUUGAUGAAGUGACUAACUAGGGUACCUGCUAUGAGAUUUCUCAA